AUGAAAAAACUAGUCCGCACUCCGCUCUCUGUUUCCAAGUUUUCCCACCAGUUAGUCACUCUGAAACCGAAUGGAGCUGAGACACAAGCCCUAAAACUCUACAGUUCUUCCGGUUGCUCUCUGCCUGAUAGACCACAAUAUCAGAAAUAUCUGGUUCGUAGAAAUCCCACAGGAGCAUCCAAGAGCUUUGCACCCUCAAAGCAGCAGAAUUUUUCCCCGUUUCCCUUCCUCUUCUUCCCUUUUCACUCUCUAAGGUGGAUGGGUUGUAGUGAGCCUGAUAUAUCAAGUCAUCCACAAGAAGAGAGUGACUACAAUGAACUUCCAACGUCAUUUAGAUUGGAUAUUGAUGUGCAACGUGAUUGUCGAAGCUCAAAAGAUUCCUGUGCCGAAAGGAGUCAGGCAGUUAUCGACCAUGAACAUGACUCUCCAAGAGAGUGUCAAAGUCCAAAAGGUUCCUCUUUUGAGAAGAGGCUGGCGGUUAUUGAUACUGAGCAGGAGUAUCAGAGUCCAAUUCCUUCUUCUAUUGACAAGAACCAGGUGGAAAUUGACUGUGAGGAGUGUGAAACCCCAAAAUUUUACUCUGUGAGUAAGUUUGAGAUGGAUGUAGAUGGUGAGGAGGAGUUGCAGAGUCCAAAUGUUCCCUGUGCUGAUGUACCAGGAGCUGGUAUGGCCAUGAAAGGUGAGGAAUACAUUUAUGUGGUACCGCACAUUGGGGUGGAGUUUGAGUCAGAAGACCAUGCAUACAAUUGUUACAGUAGAUAUGCUGUGCUGGAAGGUUUCAGCAUUAGAAAAGAUUUCGUAAAUAAAAGUAGGAUAAAUGGUAUAGUUGUUUCAAGAAGGUACACUUGUUAUAGACAAGGAUAUCGGCCUAUCCAACAUAAUGCCAACGUGAGGAAAUCCCGGCGGGAAACAAGAACUGGUUGCUUGGCACACAUGACCAUUGCACGUCAACCCAAUGGCAAGUUUUGUGUUACUCAUUUUGAACCUAAGCACAAUCAUGAGUUUGUUGCCCCUUGUACAACUUAUAUGUUACCAUCACAGAAGAGAUUGAAUUUUGCUCAAGCAGUUGAAGCCGACUUGGGUGAUAAAUCUGGAAUAGAUGGGGUGCCAAAACUUGGAAUGGGGUUCGACGCAGAAGAUCACGCAUAUGAGUUUUACAACACUUAUGCUGGACGGGUAGGUUUUAGUGUUCGGAAGGAUUAUGUAAAUAGGAGCAAAAUAAAUGGUUCUGUGGUCUCUAGAAGGUUUACCUGUUUUAGAGAAGGUUUUCGGCAGAGAGACAAACGGGACAUGAAUGUGAAGAGACCUAGAAAGGAGACAAGAAUUGGCUGUUUGGCGCAAUUGGUCAUAUCUCGACAACCUGAUGAUAGAUACCGCGUCACUCACUUUGAAGAAAGGCACAAUCAUGAGCUUGUUGCUGCUUGUAGAGUUCACAUGUUGCGGUCGCAAAAGAGAUUAAUUGCAGCUCAAGUUUUUGAAGGCGAUUUAGUGGAUUGUUCUAAUAUGCAGCCAGAAUCAGCCUCUGAGUUAAUAUGUAAGACAGGUAGAGACUCUGAUAAUCACGGUUAUGAUCCCAUAGAUUAUAAAAAUAAACUUCCUUUCAAAUGUAUGCGAGGAAUGAGAGAGGGAGAAUCAGCCAGACUGCAGCAAUUUUUUCAGAGCAAGCAAUUGAAAAACCCUUCCUUUUUUUAUGCUUUGCAACCUGAUGUAGAUGAUCAAGUAACUAAUGUUUUCUGGGUUGACACCAAGAUGGCGAUGGACUACGGUGAUUUUGGUGAUGUGAUCUGCUUUGAUACAACUUACAGAUUACAGAAAGAUAGCCGACCAUUCACACCUUUUAUUGGGAUAAAUCAUCAUAAGCAAAUGCUGAUCUUUGGUGCUGCACUUUUAUAUGAUGAAAGUGUUGAAUCUUACAAGUGGCUCUUCCAAACUUUCCUAGAGGCCAUGUCGGGAAAGAAGCCAAAAACUAUACUCACAGAUCAAGAUGCACUGAUGGCAGAAGCAAUUGAUAAGGUAUUUCCCGAAACACUGCAUCGAAUUUGUGUUUGGCAUGUGUACCAAAAUGCACUUAAACAACUGAGCUACAUGUUUGCGGGCUCUGGUUCUUUUAUCAAUGAUUUAAGCAGUUGUCUUUUUUAUCAUGAGGAUGAGGAGGAUUUCAUUAAUGCAUGGAAGGUAUUGUUGGAUGUAUACGGUCUUUGGGAAAAUGAGUGGUUGCGUGAGAUGUUUGAAUAUAGAGAGAAAUGGGCCACAGCUUAUGGAAGGCAUAUUUUUUGUGCUGACAUAAAAGCUGUACUGCUACAUGAAAGUUUUACUGAAAACCUAAGAAAGUAUUUAAAGUCAGACUCGGAUGUGCUUCUGCUGUGCAAGCAUCUUGGAAAGGUCAUAAAUGAUUGGCACUACAAAGAACUAGAGGGUAAUUACAACAUGCACCACCAUCUGCCAGAACUUAUGGGUGAUGUGAUUCUUUUGAAGCAUGCGAGGAAUGUGUACACACCAAUGAUAUUUGAAUUGUUCCAGCAAGAGUAUGAAAAAUGCCUAAAUAUCAUUGUGAAUCAAUGCACUCAGACCGGGCUGUUGUUUGAGUACAAAGUUAGCAUAUAUGGGCAACCACGAGAGUACAUGGUUACUUUUGAUUCAUCUACAGAAACAGUUGCCUGUAAUUGUAUGAAAUUUGAGUUUAUGGGAGUUUUGUGCAGCCAUGCAUUGAAAGUACUUGACUAUAGGAAUAUAAAGAUUCUCCCUUCCAAAUACAUUCUGAAGAGGUGGAGUAAAGAUGCUAGGGUCUGA